GGCGCGUCUCCCCGGCCCUGUCCGCGCCCGGCCCCGCGGCGCCGUCCCGGCCCGCUCCGAGGAACUGUGCUGGGGCUUUCUCAUGGAUCCUGGAGUUUCUUCUUACAACCUGAAAAAGAGACUGAGAGAGUUUAAGAACAGCACACUGCACACGGUGUGUGGAAACUUCCAGAACAUACUACUUAGAAGUGCGUCGACUGCCACCUGAGCGGGACGAGUUCAGCGCCCACAGUGACCGGUCGGCCCCAGGUGCUGGGAAGGGCACUUGGCCUCCAGAACAAACUGCGUAGAAAAUCUAAUGGAUGAAGAUGAGAAAGACAGAGCGAAGAGAGCCUCUCGAAACAAGUCUGAGAAGAAGCGUCGGGACCAGUUCAAUGUGCUCAUCAAAGAGCUUAGCUCCAUGCUCCCUGGCAACACGCGGAAGAUGGACAAGACCACCGUGCUGGAAAAAGUCAUCGGAUUCUUGCAGAAACACAACGAAGUCUCAGCCCAAACGGAAAUCUGUGACAUUCAGCAAGACUGGAAGCCCUCGUUCCUCAGUAAUGAAGAAUUCACCCAGCUGAUGUUGGAGGCACUAGACGGCUUCAUUAUCGCGGUGACAACAGAUGGCAGCAUCAUCUAUGUUUCCGACAGCAUCACGCCUCUGCUUGGGCAUUUGCCGUCGGAUGUCAUGGAUCAGAACUUGUUAAAUUUCCUUCCAGAACAAGAGCACUCAGAAGUUUAUAAAAUGCUCUCUUCCCACAUGCUGGUGGCGGAGUCCCCCUCGCCAGAGUACCUAAAAUCUGACAACGAUUUAGAGUUCUAUUGCCAUCUUCUCCGAGGCAGCUUGAACCCAAAGGAAUUUCCAACUUACGAAUACAUAAAAUUCGUAGGAAAUUUUCGCUCUUACAACAAUGUGCCUAGCCCCUCCUGUAACGGCUUUGACACCACCCUCUCAAGGCCGUGUCGGGUGCCACUAGAAAAGGAAGUCUGCUUCAUCGCCACCGUGCGCCUGGCAACACCGCAAUUCUUAAAGGAAAUGUGCAUAGUUGAUGAACCGCUAGAGGAAUUCACUUCGAGGCAUAGCUUGGAAUGGAAAUUUUUAUUUCUGGAUCACAGAGCCCCUCCCAUCAUAGGAUACCUGCCUUUCGAAGUGCUGGGCACCUCGGGCUAUGACUACUACCACAUCGACGACCUGGAGCUCCUGGCCAGGUGCCACCAGCACCUGAUGCAGUUUGGCAAAGGGAAGUCGUGUUGCUACCGGUUUCUGACCAAAGGGCAGCAGUGGAUCUGGCUACAGACGCACUACUACAUCACCUACCAUCAGUGGAACUCCAAGCCCGAGUUCAUCGUGUGCACGCACUCCGUGGUCAGUUACGCAGAUGUCCGGGUGGAAAGGAGGCAGGAGCUGGCUUUGGAAGACCCACCUGAGACCAUGCACCCCUCAGCACUAAAGGACAAGGGCUCCGGCCUGGAACCUCAGCAGCCCUUCAGCGCGCUGGACGCAGGUGCCCCGGGCCUUCACGCCAGCCCCUCGCCAUCGGCAUCCUCAAGGAGUUCCCACAAGUCCUCGCACACGGCCAUGUCAGAACCCACCUCCACGCCGACCAAGCUGAUGGCAGAGGCCAGCACCGUGACGUUGCCAAGGUCUGCCACUCUACCGCAGGAGUUACGGGUGCCUGGGCUCAGCCAGGCCGCCACCAUGCCGGCUCCUCUGCCCUCCCCAUCAUCCUGUGAUGUCACGCAGCAGCUCCUGCCUCAGACCAUUCUGCAGAGCCCACCUGCUCCCAUGGCCCAGUUUUCAGCACAGUUCAGCAUGUUCCAGACCAUCAAAGACCAGCUGGAGCAGCGGACGCGCAUCCUGCAGGCCAACAUCCGGUGGCAGCAGGAAGAGCUGCACAAGAUCCAGGAGCAGCUGUACCUGGUCCAGGACUCCAACGUCCAGAUGUUUCUGCAGCAGCCAGCUGUCUCCCUGAGCUUCAGCAGCCCCCAGCGGCCUGAGGCCCAGCAGCUGCUGCAGCAAAGGACAUCAGCGUCCCAGCCCCAGCUCGUGGUGAGCCCUCAGCUUCCCGGGCAGAUGGCCUCGGCCCAGGUUGCAAACCAGCACCUGCUCAGAGAGUCGCCUGUGAUAUCAACCCAGGGGCCCAAGCCACUGAGGGGCUCGCAGUUGCUGCAGGCCGGCAGCCGCUCAGUGAGCAGUUUGACGUCCCAGUUCAGCAGCACCACGGCCGUGCUCCCGCCGACUCUGAAUCUGACCACACCUGCUCCCGCCUCCCAGGAGGCCAGCCAGUGCCAGCCCAGCCCCGACUUCAGCCAUGAUCGGCAGCUCAGACUAUUGCUGAGCCAGCCCAUCCAGCCCAUGAUGCCUGGGUCUUGUGAGGCGAGGCAGCCCUCAGAGAUGGGCAGGACUGGACGGCAAGUCAAGUACGCACAGAGCCAGGCCAUGUUCCCAAACGCAGAUGCACACCCCGCCAGCAGCAGCGCCUCCACGCCCGUCCUGCUCAUGGGCCAGGCGGUCCUUCACCCCAGCUUCCGGGCUUCCCAGCCAUCCGCGCUGCAGCCGGCUCAGGCCCAGCCGCAGCCACAGCAGCACUACCUACAGGCACCGACUCCUUUGCACAGUGAGCAGCAGGACUCGCUACUUCUCUCCACCUACUCCCAACAGCCGGGGACCCUGAGCUACGGCCCGCCACCCACCGUGCAGCCCCAGCCCCCACGCCCGCCCCGAAGGGUCAGCAGCUUGUCUGAGUCAGCGGGCCUGCAGCAGCCGCCCCGGUAGUGCCUGGGACUGACGUCAGGACGCAAUCAGCUUUAACCAAUGGACGAGGGGGUGUGGGGAGGGGUGGUGGCCAUGGGACAUUGUGCACACUGCAUACAUUUCAGAGCUCCCAGGUGGCAAGCAUCUCCCAGGGUGCACUGCUGGCGUGGUGGGCAAUGACCAAGAAUACCAGCCGCCUUGCCCUUGGCUCCGAGCCUCUGGGGCACGCUCUACAGCCAUACGGAAUGGGCCCCGUGGCCCCUUGGAGGCACCGCUGCUCAGUUCACCUUUGGGGAGAGAGUACACCUGCUGCAUCCCCCAGAGUGCACGGUGGCUCCAGGGCACCCUAGCCCAUCCACUCGCGCUCGCUGGCCUUCGCUCUCUAGAUAUCUUUCCUUUGCAUUCAAGAAGGACUGAGUUACAGAUCUAUCGGAGAGAGAGAAAGAGAGAAAAUAAAGAUAUUAUUUUUCAUUAUUUCUAAAUGGUUAUUUUUGGUUUAAUUUGCACAGCUGCACAGAGAAAAUAACUUAGGCACUUUCGGGUUUUUAAAAUAAUAAGGUCUCCUGACUUUCACUUGGAGACCUCAGUAACAGAAACAGCUCCCCAAUCAGAUAGCCAAGCUGGUUUAACCAAGCUGCAGAUCCAUACCCUCUGGCCUCAACCCUAAUGGACUGAGGUUCUUCAUCCCCUGCCCAACUGGUGGUAAUCCCCCCCCCCCAAAUGUAACACUGGACUAUUUCCUGUUUACCCUGUUGAUUGCAACUGCAGAGGUGGACUUAAAGCAAAGCACAAAACUCUAUUGAGGACCCCAAGACUAAGAGGGGAGAGGUUUCAGAAGCCAGGCAGGCCUGGGGGGCUCCAGUCCCCAGGGCACCCCCACACGGGUGGCCCUCCGCGUGAGAAUGCUGCAUCUUUCUACGUCUUUCAUGACAAUACUGAGGAUUGGAUUUCCCUUUUCCAAAUGCACUUUGCUUUUUUUGUAUGUUUUGUUAUGUUGAGAUGUUUCUAAAGAAAAGAUUUUAUGUAAUUAUAAGACAAAGUGUAGUGAAUUGUACAGCUGUUGUAAUAAUGACCUAUUUCUAUAUAAAAUAAAAUUGUAUGGAUUAUGUGUAAAUUAUUUUGUACUGA